CAUAUCGAGCAAUACGGAAAAGUCAAAGUUGACACGAUAUUAUAAUUUCUGUAUCUAUCGGCCCAAGAAAAAGAAAAAGAAAAAGAGAAAGAAACGAUUAAUGACUAUGUGUGUGGGUGUUUGUUUGUUAUUCAAUUGAACGAUUGAUCUUCACAACUUCGCCGCAAAUCCCUCCGAUUCUUUGCUAGUUUAAUCGCAUACUCACUGGUUAGUCUUUCCUCUUUGUUCGCGUAUGAUUCUUCCCAUAAAAUCAGCUCAAAUACGCAAGAAGUUGAUGUUUUGCACUACUAGGGUUUUUCAAUUGUGAGUUCUGAUGACACCAGUUGUUUCAUUGAUCCGUUGUUUACUUACUUGGUCGUUUUCUCUGAAUACGUAUUAGAAAGAUCAGAAUUCCGAAGCUAGGUUUUGCGUGUUGAUUAGGGUUUACAUUAGGAGAAUGUUCAUCUGAAAAUUUCUCUGCUAAGUUGUAGUUGGUAGAUGGGCGUUUGUGUGUUGGGACUACAUUGUAAAGUUGAAACAAAGAAGGAACAAGACGUAAUGGAGCGAGCAGAAACCAGGGAGGACAAUGGGCAUGUGAUUGAUAUAACAACUGAACCUUCUUCUUCCUCUACCUCAACACAAGAUAGACAAGUGAACAGGUCAAACGCACAGCAGAAUGAAAACCUCCCUUCAACCAGUGUAAGCGAUCCUGUUUUUCAGCAUUCUUUCUCUACUACCAAUGUGACAAAUCCAAGAAAUACACCAUUUGCUAGGAGGGCAAAUGGGACAAAUGGUCGUCGUAGGAGUCCAUUGAAUUCUGGAUAUUGGAUAUGUUUUGAAUUGGUUAUAACAAUGAGCCAAAUAAUAGCAGCCAUUGUGGUUCUGUCCAUGUCCAGACAUGAGCACCCUCGUGCUCCUUUAUUUACAUGGGUUAUCGGUUAUGCAUCUGGAUGUGUUGCAACACUUCCUCUUCUCUUUUGGCGUUUUUAUUAUCGCAAUGAAACAUCAGAACAAGAUCCAGCUCAGCCUCGCCAAAAUUCUUCCCCAAAUUUCCUUUCUGCCAUGGCCACCUCUUUAACUUCUUCAAAUGCAAGGUCUUCUGUAGGUGACACUAAUAAUGCCACUGGUACAACAAGACCUGUAAGGGUAUUGCUGAAUGCAAGACUGAAAGUACUUGUUGAAUACUUCAAAAUGGGGUUGGAUUGUUUUUUCGCAGUCUGGUUUGUUGUUGGGAAUGUGUGGAUCUUUGGAGGUCAUUCUUCUCUUUCUGAUGCACCCAACUUGUACAGGUUAUGUUUAGUGUUUCUUGCCUUUAGCUGUAUUGGGUAUGCAAUGCCUUUCAUCUUGUGUGCCACAAUCUGUUGCUGCCUUCCAUGUAUUAUUUCAGUCAUGGGUAUCAGGGAAGAUCUUUCACAAAAUAGAGGAGCCACUUCUGAAUCGAUUAAUUCUUUGCCUACUUACAAAUUUAAAAUCAAGAAACAUAAACACGGGAGUAACAGAGGGUCCCAUGAAAGUACAACUGAAGGUGGGAUUGUGGCUGCAGGAACAGAACAUGAAUGUGUCCUUUCAGGAGAAGACGCGGUGUGCUGUAUUUGUUUGGCAAAGUAUGCAAACAAUGAUGAACUGAGGCAGCUGCUAUGUAGUCACUUCUUUCACAAAGAUUGUGUGGACAAAUGGUUAAAGAUUAAUGCUUCGUGUCCUCUUUGUAAGAGUGAAGUUGGGGAGAGUGCUAUGAAUUCAUUAACAGAAUCAACAGCUGCUGGUAUACAAUUAUAGCAUGGUGGUUAAAUAGGGUUCAUUUAGGGUUUUUAUAAGACAUACAUACGAGAAUGUUAAUAUGCAUAUGGUGGUGCUUUUAAGAGUGUUGUUUUUGACUUUUGAUAUGAAGAAAGGCACCAAAAGUCUUUGAUGGUUCUA